AAAAUAUAAAUAAAAAUGAAUAAGGGAAACGAAACUGGGCUGGUGCCCGGAUCCCGGCAUCGCUCCUGGUUGCAGUCCUUCAUCAGGGAGCAGCGCGAUUCCCAGAAGAACGAGGUCGAAAUAAAGUCCGAGUCCACGGCGCUCAAGUUCCGCAAGCACAAUAUGCUAAAAGAGGUUUCCGAGCGGGAUGGCAAGGAGGUAGUGGAGGAGAUUAUCGGGGACAUCUUCGACAAGAAGCGGGGUACGCUCACACCAUCUGAAUCGGAGUGCUCGCUGCAGGAGGAUAUGCAGGAGUCCCUGAGCAUGGAUCCUCGCCUGAAGCUGUGGUACCACACGCUCGAGACACGUGCGGCCGUGCAGGCGAAGAUCCAGCGGAAGCUCGGCCGGCGUCCCGACGAAAUGUUGAUCAACGUCGGCAGCACAGUAGCUCCCAGGGAUCGGGGGAACGUGGAGCGGCUGCUGGACCUUGCCGGUCGCAUGAAUCCCACUGCCUUGAUCCAAAAGAAGCCUGCCGUUCUGCCCGCCUUGACCACCAGCCAAUGCCAACUUCUGCCCGCAGUGCAGGAGACGCUGCCGCGUGCCGAGCAGUCCGGUCGGGCGGAGCUGGAGUUCAUCGGCUUAACCCGUGCCACCAAGCAGGAGAUCCUGGGCAGGGCGUACCAGCGCCCCGAGAAUCCCACCGCGUGGCAGAAGUCGCGAGUGCUGGAGGAGCGGAUCGAGAAUGACAGCGGCGACAUCAGGCGCGUCAUCUCGUACUUCCCGAAUCUGGACAGACUGGAGGUGGUGGGUGGUCCCGCGCAGCAGGAGUUCACCCCCGGCGAAAUCAGUCGGGUCGAGCGGCUGUCCUGCGACUCUAUUUUCACCGUGAGCAGCACGUCGCAGAUGCUGGCUGACGAGGAGCAGAAAGAUGAGAGCCCUCGCAGGGCAGAUCCCGACCAGGGAAUAGAACCGGCAUCUGUGGAAUCUGUGGUUUCCCGUGCAGCCGUUAGGAUCAACGGCAUGCUCUUCGUGAACUCAGGAAAGCGCAUCCUUUUACCGGAGAUCGCAAACGUUUUCUUCGAGUGCCAUCCGUACCAGAACGUGGUCAAGGAGGUGGCUCGCGUGGAGAACGUCGGUGGUCAGAUACUCACCUGCCAGUGGGGCACUGUUGACUGCAAGCGAGCCACCAAAGGCACCGCCCAGUACCAGAACUUCCUGAUGUCGCAGGCCAGCUUCACCGUUUUCCCAGGAGAGCUGCACGUGUGCCGAGCGCUUUUCCGGCCACGUGGAUGCUACCUGCUGAAGCAGCGCUAUGAGCUCCGCAUCUUUCCCAAUGUAAUCGGUUCCCUUCGCGGCAUUUUCCUGGUCCGUCUGACGGGACGCUGUAUUCCGGCUCCGGAGUACACAAACAAGCUUCGGCGGCACCAGCAACUGCUCACGGACAAGUCGAAGAAGAAAAUGGCCAACGACCUAAACAAGUACCAGGCGUCCAUAGUGCCCCUCCUGCAUCCGCCCGAGGUGAUGUGUCCUUAUGAGCGGGUGUUGGAUGAGAGGGAGGUGUUUAAUGUAGAAAAUCCCGGAUACAAGUGCGAGCGGUUUGACGACCUCGAGACAUUGAAGUCACUAUACGAAGCCCUUAAGAAACCAAGGGAGCCUGCCUGGGAUCUGCGACUGAAGACAGUUCGUCAGGUAAUCCUGCGGCUCCCGGACUCCAAUAAACGAAGGCUGCAUUUCGAAAAACUGGUCAAAGUUCAAGAGGAGCUGAAGCUGUGCAGAGGCAGAGGUUCCCUUACGCAUUUCAGUCGGAACAAUGAAAGCAUUCGGUCCAGGUUCAUCUACGUGAAGGGGUGCAUAGGCAAUGGCAUCCAGGAGUGGGAGGAGCUGAUGGCGUCGAUGGAACUGAGUGGUCUCCGCUUAGAGAUAAGUCACUUUCAGCUAAGAGAGGAAGAGGGGGAGACGCCCUUAGACGAGGCCGAUUAUGAGGGCAAAGUACCGGAGGAAAAGCCGUGGAUGCAGCAGCUGCGUAACGAAAACCCCUAUCAGUAUCUCCUGAAGAAACUGCGAGCCAGGAAAUCAUACAGGGACAGCCUCUACAUGCAGACUUACUCGCACCUGUGUGACAUGGCCGAAAACGUGGUUUCUGUUAUCGAGAGCACCAAGUACGCUUAAAGUAGCUCUAGAAAACUGUUUUGUUACCGAGUUAACGUCCAAAUUUAAGAUGACCCAGAAGUAGAAAGAAGUGGCCAAAACUCUCGCCAAGAAAUAAAGAAAGACUCCCCAGGGA